AUUUUGUUUAUGUUUAUCGAGCAGAUGGGGAAUAAUUGUCGGACAUGGUGCACCAUGGGGGAGUUGUUACUCGUUUCAUCCUACGAUUAAGACGAUAACUGGCGAGUUUGUUUGCCAAGAUGUUUUAUAUCGCGUUUAAUCUGCCUUUCGCGCUUAUGUGCCCUUUGCCCCUCCACGGACUAUACUGCGCCAUUGAAACCCUGAAUGUUUGCUCCGUCGUGUUUCCUGCGCGCACCCGUGGAUAGAUACUUGACAUCAAACGCGCACAUCUUUCGUGUUUAUGUCGCCGUGAGCCGGAUACAAAAGUUGCGUUAUGCUGGGCGAAAGUUGCAGCGCGCGCGACCGCUAACUGGCAUUAGCAACUGGUUCGCACGCGAGGGAACCGGUUUAACCAAACUCUGAACUAAACCAAUCGCUCUGUAUCUCUUCUGACAGUGUUUAUGCGAUAUCCUCUGACUGAAACGACACCGGGAGAGUGACAUUCGCCGGUAUACAAACCGCUUGACAGUUUGUAUCUUCUCCCACAUUCGUGCUGUCAUUUGCCCCACUUUGGGCAUUUACAGACGCGUCAGCUCGAUUUUCGACACGGAGCAGGAACCUAUGCGGUUUAUAUGUUGUGCUGCGUUCCGUAUGGGCAGGACUGAAGGGUAGCUUGUGACCCAUACUUGCUUGAGUUUGUGUCUGAGGGGCGUUUACCGUGAAGCAGAAGCGGUUUGACGGGCAGAUCGCGUGGUGUCGGGAGUUUGACAAGCGGCUUAUGUAACGCUGGUGAUUCUGCGCUCGAGCGUACAGCGAAAUAACGAUUAUUCCUGCGGCGCAAAGUUUAUUCACCGACAUGUUUUGCGCGCGUCAACUACGCGCCGCGUCGAUUUCUGCGUGAGUUGUUUGUUUGUCGAGGCUCGCUGGUGUUCAACAUUGUGUCGAAGCUGCAACAUCUUACAACGUUUAUCGGCCAUGCUGGAAGUUCACCGAGCAAGUGUCGCGGAUGUGUUGUGAAUGCCAGAAAAGCUUUCGGCUUGUAUAGAAAUGCACUUUUCGACGUAAAGCUAAGGUUCAAGAUAUGGAUCGUGGACUGAAACGCAGCAGUAGUGAAGCUGAGGGUUUGACUUUUGGGGAGCGCAUUGAGAGAGGCCUAGUGCCUGAUGUUUCCUCUUUAAACUCUGCAGGCGAUUUCUCGAACGGACGAAACGCUGGUGAUGUUCAAAGGAAUCUAUCCAUGGCUGAGCCAUCCUCGAUAGGACACAACACACAGGAACCAGAUCUUAAAAUAUUCAAACCCUUCAGACUGCACGGCCAGCAAAAGGUAAAGGAGCCGCGUAGUCUGAGCAUUGGGGAGAACUUUUCUCUCUUGGACGAGAGCAUCACAGACUUAAACCGCAGUUCUGGCAUGCAGGACCCGGACAGUUUCACUUUGAAAAUGGAGGAGUUCUCCCCUAUGGACAAAGAUCGGCUGGACUUUCCUGGACCCUACGGCCACCAGGAUAAAGAUACAGAUAUUAGUGAGAGACUUAUCGGAGACAACGCGCUGGACAUCCUGAGGGAUCUUGACAUACCCAGUUCUCUUUCAGACCUGAAUGAGUUUUACGUUGCCGACGAGACUGCCUUCCUCUCAUCCCUGGCAGUGGAUGAAGCCCUGCUUGUAGAAAGCAACUUGCUGAAGGAAACCAGCCCCGUUGUCACUGGCAACAGCACAACCUGCACAAAUGUGAACGGCGCGGGGAGACAGCAGCAGAUGGCGGAGGCCAAUGUCAACAUGCCGGUCAUAAAAAUGGAGAAAGACACAGAUUUUAUCCAGCUGUGUACACCGGGUGUCAUCAAACAGGAGAAUGAAAGGCAGAGCUACUGUCAGAUGUCAGAGAUGGGAGGGUCUCACGGUGGGCCCGCCGCGGCGGGAGAUAUGGGCGGACAGGGGUUCCACUACGGAACCGGUAAUGUGGUGGGUUUACCCGAUCAGAAACCUAUGUUCGGCUUGUUUCCGCCCCUGCAUACCAUCAAUGACGGCUGGAAUCGGGGAAAUGGUUAUGGAGAUGGGGUGCAGAGAGCCAAUGAGAACGUACUUCUGUCCAACUACCCCUACAUCAGUUCUUUGGGAAGGUCUGAGGUCAGCAGUUCCAGCAUGUCCGGAUCAGUCAAGCCCAGCUCAAACAGCCAUAAGAUCUGCCUGGUGUGCUCGGACGAAGCCUCGGGAUGCCAUUAUGGGGUGCUCACCUGUGGCAGCUGCAAGGUUUUCUUCAAGAGAGCUGUGGAGGGCUGGAGAGCGCGACAAAACACAGAUGGACAACACAACUAUCUGUGCGCCGGGAGAAACGACUGCAUCAUCGACAAGAUCAGGAGGAAAAACUGCCCGGCCUGUCGCUUCCGCAAGUGUCUGCAGGCUGGCAUGAAUCUGGAAGCUCGCAAAAACAAGAAGCUGAUGCGGAUGAGGGGUCAGUCGCCAUCGAGCGAGCCGGCUUCACCUCUGCCCGACGAUCGCAUGUGCUCUCUGGUGCCCAAGGCCAUGCCCCAGCUGGUGCCCACCAUGUUGUCCCUGCUCAAAGCCAUUGAGCCCGAGAUCAUUUACGCCGGCUACGACAGCACCCUCCCGGACACCUCUACCCGUCUCAUGACGACCCUCAACCGUCUGGGCGGACGUCAAGUUGUCUCUGCGGUCAAGUGGGCCAAAGCCCUUCCAGGCUUCAGAAAUCUGCACCUGGAUGACCAGAUGACGCUGUUGCAGUGCUCGUGGCUCUUCCUCAUGUCCUUCGGUCUGGGCUGGAGAUCUUACCAGCAGUGUGAUGGAGGAAUGCUGUGUUUUGCUCCAGAUCUCGUCAUCAACGAAGAGCGGAUGAAACUGCCCUACAUGAAUGAUCAGUGUAGCCAGAUGCUGAAGAUCUCCAAUGAGUUGGUCAGACUGCAGGUGUCCUAUGAUGAGUAUCUCUGCAUGAAGGUGCUUCUGCUCCUCAGCACAGUACCAAAAGACGGGCUCAAGAGCCAGGCCGUGUUCGAUGAGAUCCGCAUGUCAUACAUCAAGGAGCUUGGCAAAGCCAUUGUGAAACGAGAGGAGAACUCCAGCCAGAACUGGCAGAGGUUUUACCAGCUCACUAAGCUCUUGGACUCCAUGCAGGAGAUGGUGGAAGGCCUCCUCAGCUUCUGUUUCUACACGUUUGUGAAUAAGUCCCUGAGCGUGGAGUUUCCCGAGAUGUUGGCUGAGAUCAUCAGCCACCAGCUACCAAAAUUUAAAGACGGGAGCGUCAAGCCACUUCUGUUUCACCAGAAAUGACUGCCUUAGUUUGUAACGAUGCCUUAAUGAUGCCACCCUUCCCUUACCAGCAUUGGUCCCACACGCCCCCUUUACCCUCCCGAACCGCCCCGAAUGAAGCGGGGCAACACUUGGAAUCCAGAAGAAACAGGUGAAAAUCAUCUACAACGGAGCAGCGGAGUAAACUUUUUAGACGCUUUUCGAAAUCUUCAAGCCUUCACGUACACCCAAAGCAGGCGAAAGACCUUGCCAUUUUCUCUUUUUUUUGCAUGUACACUGCUGAUAUGUUUACAUGGGUAUAUCAAAAAAGGGAAAACGUGCCUUUUUUGCGCUUGGCGAACCGACUGGCAGUCGUUUCUCAGGCUAAGCCUUUGCAUUCAUGCUUUUUGUGUUGUCACGCAUGUUUCUGCUAGCAUCCGAAGCGGCUGCGAUGGUUGUCUGGAAUUGGCAGCUUAAAGGUCCCCUGAGGUGCUAAAGUUUAACUCAAGAGGCGCUUGUGGAAACAACCAAUUAGCCCGUGAAACACAAGGCCCUUUUGUGCUUAUUUUGAAGUCUCAUCGAACAUAUUUCUAUGAAACGCCAUAAAACGCCACACGGUCUUUAAUAUGUUCCACAACACGGCAAGCUCCGUUGAAAUUGGAAAUCGAAAUAUUGAAUUAUUCAUGGGUUUGUUUGUGGAUUUUUAGCAGGUUCACUUGGAAUUAUUGACCAUCCAUCGCCUCUUAUAUGCGUUCAGAAGUAAUUCAGAGAGCUGAUGGUUGAUUUUAAGGGUCAGAAUUAUCGUCCAUUCAUUGCGAUCAGGUGUAGAUGAGAAUACUCCCAGCAUUCAUGAUGUUUAGCAUUUAACAAACUCCCCACCCCCUAACCCCCGUUUUUGUGCAUGCUUGAUGGGUUGGUUGUAUUUACCUUCUGCCAUAUAUCAAAUUCUUCUUACUUCAUUUUCACUGCAAAUUGUUUCUUCAUUGUCGGAAUACUCUCGAUAAAAUCUGACAACCCAUCAGAGACCGAGUAAGCGUGUAACCCACUCUCUUUCAUGUGUCCCGGCAGUGCCAAGCAACAGAUGCUUUCUUUUGUGCUAACUUCAAGAACAAAAGGAAGAUUUGUUUUUCCUACGCCCGGCCAUGUUCGCUGCGUUUCAUUCCCGGCUUGAAGCUAAAGGUCACGAAAAAUGAAAAAUCAUUGUAGGAUCAUAAAAGGAUCAUUUAAAAAAAAAAUUAAAGCAUGUGACACGAGUAAAUAAUGACAGAAUUGUGCAUUUUGCCUGAUAUAUAACUACAGGCUUCUUAUUCAUAUUAUUUUGGCAACAUGCUGCACUCUAAAACAUUUAACAAAGUAGGGCCGCAUAACGAUUAGUCAUGACUAAUCGUUUGCAAAAUAAAAGUUUUUCUUUACAUAGUAUGUGUGAAUGUAGUGUGUAUAAUAAUAAUGUAUCUAUAAAUACACACACACACACGCAUGUAUAUAUUUAAGAAAUAUUUACAUUUAUAUAUAAUUUAUAUUGUAUGUAAAUCUAAAUAUUUAAUAUAUAAAUUUAUUUUUUCUUACAAUUAUACAUGCAAGUCUUUUUAUAUUUACAUAAUUACUGUAAACAAACUCUAUUAUUUUUCAUACAAUUGGUCCCGACUAAUCAUUGUGCAUCCCUAUAACAAAGCUUCAUUUUUUGCUUGAACGUUCAGCUUAACUCUCAUUGUUUAGUUAUUGGGAGGGGUCAAGCCGUCCAGUGUUGGCAUUGGAAAUCUUCAGUGUCAAAUAACAUCACCCUGACCCGCUGCGGCCAUGUACAGUAUUAAAACUUGUGAUGGUGGUCAUAGGAUUCAAGGUUAAAUCCCACUAUCACCGUUGCUUUUCAUCAGCUGUAUGCGUUCCUCACAGUUCUGUGAUAGAGUCUGACGUCAGGAAUGAUCUGCGCUUUUGCUUACGUUCAUAACCAGUGUUACGAGUCGCUGUUUAACAUUCAUUUCCACACGCUUUAUUUAACCCUCCUGAAAUUGAAAUGUACACAGCACAUGUCCCGUACCCUUCCCUCGAAUUCCUCCAAUAUGUUCGCAUAUUUUACGAGACUCGCUGGAUUUGUGAGAUGUUUCUAAAUUUCUAAUCGUUUCACAGUAGGCCUUCUAAAGGGAGUGCGUGAGCCAUACAAGUAGAUUGUUUAAAUUCAGGAGAACACUGAAUUGUGAAAGUCAUUGAACAUUUUGAAAUACAAGAUAUAUAGUCAAAACAAAUCCUCUUUGAUAUAAAAAUCAUUUUACAAUAGAGUAAUUUUAAUACCUAAAAAAACAAGUUCUAUAUCUUUUUUUGUCAAGAGAUGUAUUGCAGAUGCACUUUUGAAGUUUUCAUGUAUGUAAAUGUAAAUUCUUUAAAUCAAUGGAAAUAUACGAGUGAUCACUGUUUUAAAGAUUGACAGCUUAACGUUAACGCGGAAGGGGGGGACUGGAGUAUAUUUUGUAUAGUGCAACAGAGUGACCAAAGCAACGCAGAUUUUAAAAAGAAAAAAAGUAUUUAAAGCCGUUACUUUUUAAAGUAGCACUUACUACCCAACUUUAGUACUUUAGUUUAUCCUUUUCUAUUUCUUUUAUAAAGAUUUAGGCUUUGGUCUCAUGUAUAAUGUUGUAAAAUUUACUAGUCAUUACAAAAAUAUAUAUAAUAAAAAAUUAUAAAAAAAAGACAGCUGUGUGUUAAUGUAUCAGAGCCUGAAGAUUUGCACUACCCUUAUACUGGCCUGACAUAAUCUAUUCUAUUUUGUACAAAAUUCCAUGCAAAUACUAUCUUUUAAGAUUAAGGGCAAAUCAUAUUUCACUGGUAUAUGGCUUUCAUUAAAGUCUUUUUGUUUGUUUGUUUGUUUGUUUGUUUGUUUGCAUUUCAUUUAUAUGUAAAAGUAAUCCAAUGUAAAGGAUAUCUGUUUAAAAAUAGUUUUGUAUGACUUCUGUAUUACACCUCUCCUGUAGUCAAUGUCGAUCUUUACACCUAUUUGAUUAAAUGUUGGACAAAAGUUG